CGACCAGUCAGAGUCGGUCCGUGGCCUAAGCUCGUCUUGGUUCGUGGGUGCCUCGCUUCGUCAAGUUUUUCUCGAGUGUCUUCUUUCGCGAGCUCGUUCUUUAAAUUCAGGAUUUUUUUCUUCGUAUAUGUUUAUUUCGCGUAUGUCCGAGAUGUGAAACAGGCUCGCGCGGACACACGGGCCCACGACGUCUCCGAUAAAUUAAUCGGGAUUCGCCGGGCCCCGAGGGGCCUGAGACAAGAGCCCGGAGCACGCGGAAUGCUGCCGCGCGGCCAGGUGAAAUUCGGCCGCGCCGUUGUGGUGUGCGUCAUCGAGAGCGAUGUAAAAUUCUUUGCGGCUUUUAUACAAGUACAGUGUGUAGAAGUGUCCUAAGAUAGUGCGAGGAAGAGGAAUUUCAGAAGAUGGAAACCGAAGUCCGGACGCUCAAGCAGGAACUGGCGCGCACGCAGGAUGCUCUAAAGGCCGCCACGAAGAAAUGUCGGGAACUGGUGAGGGAACUUGAUCACCGCAUCACUGAUCACGAGUCCGAAAAGAUUCUGCGGGAUCAGCAGCUCUCGAGGAUAUUGCGGGCGCUGCUGUACCUGGAGGCGCGACUCAAGCAGGAGCAAAAGUCAAUCAGACAAAUGCUCUGCGAGAAGGACAAUGUUAUUCGAAAUCAGCAGCUGGAGAUUACCAUGCUCAGGCGGUACAUGAAGAAUUACAUUAAGGGCAAACGUGAUCGGACGAUAGCCACUGAUGCUAAGACAAUCAACGCCAACGUUGAAAAGAAUCUGCAGAACCUCGGCGAUUUACAAGGAGAGACGCUGCAGGAAAGCAGUAUCGGCAAAGAUAUCGCGAGCCUGAAGUGCGAGAUAAUCACGCGACUGAAUCCGACAUCUGGCAUCUUGGACGAGCUGAAUCGCAACAGCGUGAGAAAGACACAUAGUUUUGCCGGCAGUGAUAUCUCCAAAGCCAGUUUAACCAGCAGCGAGAACACGGAUGCGUCUAUCAUCACGACGACGACGGAGGGCAGUCCUUCGUUGCUCAGCACGGAGGGCUUCUGCGAGGGCGAGAGUUCGGAUGUGUCGCCUGGCUCGACCCUGAACAAGUGCUCGAGCAGAUGUACGCCGACGACAGUGACCGACAGCGAGAAUGAAACGACCAUGAUCGCGAAUGAAAACGAAGAGAACAUGAUAGAAGAGGGCGAUACGACGAUGACGAAGAGAAGGACGUCCUUUCGCAGGAAGAAGACAUCGUCCAAAGAUUCCGAUGUGAUAAUUGAAGUAGUUAAUAUCGCGAGGACAGAAAGCAAGGAUGACGGGAUGGACUGUAACUUUGUCUCAGAGGAUGAGAACCAAGACGUAAAGAUGAAUAAUCAAGAAGAAAAUAACAAGGAACCGAUUUAUGUUAAUGCCUACAAUGAAGUGAACGAGAGGAAUCUACAGCAGACCGAGUUGUUGAGGACAGAAGAUGAUCAUAGCAACAAUAAUAGUGUCAGCGAGGUAAAGAUCGAGACACCCGAGUUAACAGUAGAGGAUACUAGCGGUAAUUGGUAUAGCGAUCCUGACGAAGACCGAUUGAAUGACGACGUGUUUAGGCAUAGCACGUAUCGACCAAAUAGUAAUCACAACUCCGUGCUGGAGUGCGUGAAUCAGAUCUUGCUGCAAGACAUGGAGGAGGAGGAAAACUCGAUGCUGUCAGUACCGCGCCGGUUCAAGCAUCGCGGCAGGAUCGUACAUUUUCAGCCGGCUAGAUUGUCCGAUAUUGAAUCAGUGGGUUCAGAGAUGGAGAGGAGAAAUUCUGAGGAAUCCGCCGUGGACAGUAAGGAUUCUCCUCCGAGAGAAGAGGAGCCCGUGGAAAACGAGACGAGCGCAUCCGAGGAUGAGUUUGGCAUGAGAAUCGUUCAAAAGGAGUCGGAUGACGAUUCCAAAGACGACUCCAAGGCGAUUCCGCUGGUCAUCAUCGAGCCAAAGAUCGAUGUCGAAGAAACGAGAAAGGCCUUGGUAAAAUCUCAACCGAAUAAUCCUCCCUUAAAAAUGGAAAGGAUCGAGGAGAAGACUUGUCUGCAAAUGUCUGCACGAGGACUAACCAUUGCCAGGAACUUGGAUUAUGAAGACAUAGAAUCGUUGCCGGAAGUAACAAUGUCGUCGCCGACGCCGCCCAGGACGCCACCGGCAUUGCCACCAAAGCCACAGUUUCGCAAUAAUACGUUAAUCUUGAAGAAGAUCCCGAGUCCGUCAUUUCUAAUCGACGAAAAGAGACAGCAAGACUCUACGGGAAAUGUGGAUUCGAAAAAAGGCAUUUUGGGACUGGUAUCAUCGAAGGCGGCGAGAAACUUGAACUUGGAAGAAACAAAGAAUUCGACCAAAAGUUUGACGAGAGAGACGAAAGGUCGCGAAGGCGGUGGAUUCUGGAAGAAUAGAUUCAAUCAUGUACGCUCGUCUUUUCAAGUGAGACAAAAAGAACGAGAUCAAUCAAAAAAUGCUGCCAGAGUCACAAACAUCGUUCGGCAUUUCGAGGAGUUCAAAAUCGGCGAUCCUGAAGAACAGGUGAAAAAUAGAAAUCGUCCAAAAGAACGCCACAGCGAACUCGAUCAGGAUUUUGACAUUCGGCAAAAUUUUGAGGAGUUCAAUUUGGAUGAAUGCGAUCUGUCAGACGAUCCCGAUCGGCCUGAGGGCGAUGGAUCUGAGAGAUUAAGCUACAACGGAGUCAAUAAUGUCGAUCAAAACAGCGUCGCCAAAGAUAACAACAAUGUUCCUGCUAUCAAUAACAGUAAUAGCAAUGGCGAAACCGGAACCACCGGAUAUGAUCACUUCCUUGAGGCAACUGGCCUCAGCAACAAGUCGAUCCUCACGCCUUCGAGGCUGCUGAGCAACCAUAAAAGUAUGCUGAAACCGAAGGAUGUAAAAUAUAAGAGCAGAAUUAAGGCUACAGCAGUGCUGGAGAGGCAUGGGGUGCAAACGACGGCUGGCAAUGCUACGACGACACACGUAAGACACUGGACCGGCCCGUUUGUCUGACGUCUAGCCAAUGU